UGCUCUCCAUGCUCACAAGAUAAAAAUAUAUGUACUUUUUUCGUCUCCCCCCUCCCACUCAACCUCUCCACCACCCAAAAAGAGUCACCGACUUUGGCGAAGCACGGCAAUUGCUUGCCUUGCCUUUCCUUGACUGUCCCAAUCAAACUCGGUAGUCAAUAAAACCUGCCCAAAAUCCCCCCGUGCGGGUAAGACGGCCGGCUCAACCGGGACGCAACUCCGACAAAGACACACCGAGUUAUGACAUAACCCACCCCCACCCCCCCCCCAAAUAACUUCCAACUUUUCUUGAAACUUCUAGUACUGUACCAUCCCUCUUCGCUUGCUGCCCAAAAACAACCCCUCCAGCUUAUGUAACUCUACCUCAAAUGCAUAACCAUCACAUCCGGCCCCUCCACAAUCCCCCUCACCACCUCGGCCGUCCUCGCCAUCGUCGCCCCGUCCACAACCCUAUGAUCCGCGCUCCAGCUAAAGUUGCAAAUCUCCUUCUUGACCACCCGGUCAUUCUCCCCAAAAGCAGGCACGGUCCUCAUCCUCCCAAUCCCCAGAAUUGCCACCUCCUUCUCCACCACCACCGGACUGAGGGAGGGUUUGGAUGUGGCAGGGUCGAUGUCGACGCGGGAGUUGAGGAUAGGGUAUUUGUAUAG